AUGGGAAGGGAACUUUUUGACGAGAUCAGCUUGAACGUGAUAGCAUUCUUGGAGGGUCACUCAGGGGUGUCCAAGGUUUAUUUCCACGACAAGGCUGCUGUCUCCUCCUUCGCGCUCAACUCGUGGGAUCGCUCCAACCAUCCCUGCGCGUUGCCCGAGGACCUCAAGGCGUUUCUCAGCAUCUCCGACGGCCUGCUGGUCAAAUGGGAUGCCAGGCUGCACGGUGACAGCUGGGAGAGGAGGAGAGACUCUCACGUUGGCGAGGCAGGCGAGACGUUCGCGCUUGGAUGCAUGAGCAUCAACGCGGUCAAUCAGAUGGUCGAGACGCCAGUCAACUGGGAGGAUGACGCGGCAUGGACGGAGAUGCUCAUGGGGCAGGGAGAUCUCCUCCCUCCCACGGAUUCCCUCAGCAGCAUCUCACCUUCUUUGAUCCAAGAGGCCCGCCUCCUUCGAGAGAAGUUCCGUGCGUUCGAUCUGGACAGCAGCAACGGAAAAGUCUGUCUGCUGUUUGUGAAGCCUUCGAGCGCUCAGGUUUGGUUCCAAGACUUGAGCAAGCGAUGGUUCUUCAUCUCCCAUUCCUUCACCGACUAUUUUCGCCUCCUCGUCAUGCAUCUUGGCAUCCCAAAUUGGCAGUCAACGUUCACUGAUAUCGGGUUAGACGAGGGCACGAAGAGAUGGUUUCGCUUCAUGUCGCCCGAGAGGCUCGCCAUCGACUUGGAGCAGUUCAGCGUCCUGGAACAGAGGAGGAGAGUGUUCAGAGGAGAGACACGGACCUCCUCUCCCCCCCAACCCGACAAGACCUUGACAGAGACAGAAGCAGCUGCUGAAAGUGCUGGAGGGAUGCGCGUUGACCUUGAGAACCUUGAGAAGACACAGAGCAAGUGA